AUGGCGAGAGGAUUUAGAAUAUGUAUCCUUUGUGGGGUCGGCACGGUGGCCAACAAGAUCUGGUUGGAUCCUCUCCUCGGCCGGGACCUUUACACCCUUUGGGCUGGACCGGAAUUGAAAUCCUUGACGGAUAAGAAUGAUCCCAAAAUUACAAAGGUGGACAUUAACCGAAUUUGGAAGAUUUGCCGCUUGAACAUCACGUGUUGUUCCAGUUGUGAGGGGAGGGAUGAUGCCGACGACUUCAUUUCUGCCGGUGUUUGGAUCCCCUCGUCCAAAAUUAAUCAUGACUGUGUGGACGCAAACGUUAUGUUUGGUCAUCAUGAUUCCGCCCUUGUCAUGAUGGUCACUACUUUUAAGGAGGUGAAAAAAGGGGAGGAAAUCGUGGCGAGCUAUGCCCCCGGAAUGAUGCCGUUGUCAGAGCGAGAUUUUAUGCUAAGUCAUAGUGGAUUCAUCUGUAAAUGUCGCCUCUGCGAACUGGACCGAUCCGAAAGUGCCGACGUAAUCGAGAAGAGAGACAGUCUCCUGAAAAGUCUCAAGCCUGCAAACUAUUUGAAGAUGAACGAUUUCAAAGUCGACUUGAAAAUCAUCCGAGAACUGGAACUUCUUCGAAUCGGCACACCCGACCUGAAUUUUGUCCUGAUGUGUCCCGACGUUUAUAAAAUUGCUGCAAUUCUCUGGGCAGGUCUUGAACUCUACGAGCUGUCUUUGUUCAUCUUGGAGAAUAUUUACCCCGUCGUCAAAAACAUCCCGACCAAUUAUGUGAAUCUUCCCUAUGCCGAGACGAUUUUGUUUUUUUGCAUGAAAAUGGGAAAGGAGAAGGCCGUCCUGGAAAAAUGGGUUGAAGAAGUGAGGAAAUAUUACCGUCUUGUGACCGGCACGCUGGAACAUAUUCGGGCAGGAGCGUAUCCCACAAUUCCGGAGGAUUUGAAGAAAUUCGGGAUUCAAUUCUUCAAUGAGGGAACGGAUUAA